UUUCAUUAAGUUUUAGAAUAAGAAAUAAUUGAUCAUCCUUCAAGAUUUUCAGCAAUUAAAUAUUGAAAAAAAAGCAAAUUAAUAAUUAUAAAUUAGCUUUAUUUUAAUUAAAAUUAAAAAAAUGAGGUCUAAGUCAACUCAAAAACUUAAUAACAAUUUUUAUAAGUACAUUAGAGGUAGUUUUGGAAAUAAAGAUUACCACUAAAUGUACGAAGAAGUCAUUGAUUAUGAUACUUUCAAUACAAAAAGCGAUAAAUCACUGAAAAUAAAUCCAUAUUUAUAGUCAAGCAUAAAGUAAUUCAAGACAAUAUAAUCAUCAGAUUUAAAUUCAAAUCGUGCAAACAAUCUAAAAAGAAAAGUAAAAACUUAGAAGGUCAACUAAACGAAAGAAAAUCAGCAAACAAGUCAAGUGUAAAUUAGUAGCUAGGAAAUAAAACAGAAAAAGCUAAUUCAUAGUGCGGAAGAUAUAGAUUUGUAAGUAAAAUAAUUUGAUGUUAAUGCAAAUGCAGAAGCAAUUAAAUUAGAGUAGCUAAAAAAAAUAGAUGAAGCAAAAGCAAUCCAAGAAGAUUUAGAAAAUAGGAAUAAAUAAAGAUAAAGAGACAUGAAAUUAGAAAAAUUGCCAUUAAAUCUUUCAAAUAACAAUAAAAAAUCACUUUAAAAUGUCUCUAAACGUAAUCCUUAACUUGCUGAAACAUUAGAUAUUUACAGUUAAUCCAGCGGCAUAUAUCAAAUUAUGCAGAAGUCUUUAUUAAAUGGAUAGUCAUACAGUAAUCUGAGAUCUAAUUUUUCAUAAAGCAUAGACAAGAAACACACACUACCUGCUAUUCCUUAAACUGACAACUCAGAAGAACCUUUAUUAAUUAAGCUUAUAAAGCAUUAAUAAAUGCUUGAAAAAGAGAGGUCAUCAUAAAUUAGAUAGUAAUAUUUGUAGCGUAAAUCUGAAUUACAGUCUGUAAAAAAUUAGCACACACAAAACCUUAAAACGAAAGAAAAAGAGUCACUGAAAAUCUAAGAGCAACUACGCAUAAAAAUAGAAUAUUACAAAAGAGAGCUUGAAAAAGAGCGUUAGAAUAAAUAGACUAUUCAUUAAUUAACUGAUUAAUUAAGGAUUUUGUUAAAAGAUUAGAAUCUCAUGAACAAAUCACUCCUCCCUUAUAUAUCUGUAAAAGAUACUCUCGCCUUUUUCAGUUAGAAUUAAAUCUUUUAAUUCUAUUAUAUUGGUAAAGGCAAUAAUUCUGAAAUUGUCAGAAGAAUCUUAGAAACUCGUGUGCUCUUGUAAGAAGUUGAUGAAGUGUGUCCAGAAGUCAAUUUCGAGUGGCAUCCAUUUAGCAGACCAAUUUAGUUUUCUAAGCUUGGCACAAAGGGUGAAAUUUAGUUGACUAAGAAAGUAGUAAAUCAUUUCGAGUAUCACCACGAAAUAACUACAAAAAGUAAUUUGGUUAAAAAUAUGAAAAACUACUGCGCAGAAAAUAAACUUGAUGUAUUCGAAUACACACCAAUAACUUUUGAAAUAAAUGUUGACAGCAACAGUUUUAUGAAUGAAAUGAGAACAUUCUUGUAGUAUUAUAUGAAAAAUUUACCAUCACACUUAAAGACCUAAAAAGAUCAGAUAGAAAUUAAAAAGAGGAAUGGUAGAGUUUAAUUUUAGCUACGUCCAAAUGAAAACUAAAAUUCUUUACAAGACAGAAAGGAGUCUACCACAGCUGCUCCUAACUUCUAAAUGAAAGAAUCUUAUAUAUCUGAAGGAAAGUCUCCUUACGUUUGGCUUCUAAAACCUGUAAAUUUGAACAGAGGAAGAGGUAUAGAAGUAUUUUCGAGUGUAGAAGAACUAGAGAAAUUAGUAAAUGAAUACUACAUUGGUUUCCCUGAAAAAAAUUUUAAGGAAGAGUAAGAAAAACUGCUUGAAGAGAAGACUUAGCUCCUAAAGCUAUAAAAUGAAGCAUAAAUAAAAAGUAGCAGUAAUCUUUUAGUUAACAAAUAAACAGAUUUAGCAAUUUUCGCCAGUGAAAAGAUUCCAAGUUUAGAUCAAUAAACUAACUCUCCUUCAACUGAUGACAAAUCUGACGAAAGCGAUGAAAACAAAGGAAAGUAGACAAAUUAAGUUAAAUUUCAGAUUGAGCCAAGCAAUUAAGUAGACACUCCUAAUAUUUAAGCUACUAAAAAAACGAUUCAGUCUGCCAAAAAGAUUCUUUAACCAACUAUUUCAAUUUAGUCUUAAGUAAAAUCAGGUUAGUUUGAGCCUUUGAUUAAUGGCUCUUAGAUUAAUAUAGCUAAAAGCAUUAAUUUACUUCCUAGAAAACCCUAAACAGCAAGCUUAGCUAAUAGUUAAGUUAUUGCAUCUGCUUCAAUUACAAGAAAAGGUUUUCACUAAUAAAUUAAGCAACCCACAGUUAAACCUCAGAAGGGCGGCAAAUUUAUUAUCUCAGAAAACUAAUUUGUUAUUUAAAAGUAUAUAGAAAGGCCUUUGCUUAUAAACUAAAGAAAAUUUGAUAUUCGUGUGUGGGUGCUAGUAACUCAAAACAUGGAUGUACUUAUUUUUAAAUAAGGUUACUUACGUAUGAGUAGCGAAGUAUAUGAUAUAACUGACUUACAAAAUCCUUUUAUUCAUUUAACUAAUAAUGCUGUUUAGUAACAUUCAAAGAAUUAUGGUAAAUUUGAAAACGGUAACUAAAUGAGCUUUGAAGAUUUCUAGAUAUUUUUGGAUAAGACUUUUCCAUCCAAAAAUAUCUCACUUAAAGACAAAAUAAUACCAAAGAUGGAAGAAGAAAUUAAAUUAAGUUUAUAAAGUGUAAGGAACAAGCUAAACAUGAACUAAAGACCAAAUUGCUUUGAAAUAUUCGGAUAUGAUUUCAUCAUAGACGAGCUCUUCAAUGUGUGGAUAAUUGAAGUUAAUACUAAUCCCUGCAUAGAAGAAAGCAGUCCAAUUUUAAAGAUAUUACUACCCAGAAUGUUAGAUGAUGCAUUCAAAUUAACAAUAGACCAAAUGCUUAAGAUAGAUCUUUCUUAAAGAGCUAUUAAGUAUCCUGUGCCUGGAUAUCUUGAUGAAGAUAAUAUGUGGAAAAUGUUAUGCACUCUUUAGUCUCGUUUUUCAAACUCAAUUUGAUGAAAUAAAUUUAAAAUAAAUUCUUUAGAAAAACAAAUAAUUUACUUAUAAAAAUGUAGACUGAUAUCUCUUAAUGUGGAAAUAUAAAAUUAUAAUGAAAAUAUAUAUUAAGCAAGAAAGUGAGUGAGUUUAUAUAAAACUCGAAUACAUACAAAAUAAAUGCAAUAUAUUUUAAAUAAAAUCUUCAAUAAUAAUUCCAAAUGAGUUAAAAUAAUGAAAAAAAAAUAGUAUUAGGUUUAUGAAUAUUAUUUUAUUUAAAUAAAACUUAUAUUAGUUUAUUAUAUUAUAAAUUUGAUUGAAUUUUAUGUUACUAUUUUUGAUUUAUUACUAUUUAUUAUUCAACUUUAUCAAUUAUUUAAAUUUCAAC